GUGAGUUUGUUUUGACUUACUCGCUUCUUGAUAGAGAAUAAAAAACACAAACGGAGUGCGCAAGGCUGAGACUCCCCGCACAAAGUGAUCAGCGCUCGUUUUUCAGCUGUCCACGAAAACACAAUCAACAAGGCUCGCAGUGGUCUCCCUGAAGAAGCACCCCUUUACACUUCUCGAAAGGAUGGAGUUUCCCACACUCCUCUCCUGGCCUCUCCCACUGGAUCAAACACUAUCUACAUACUUCGACGUGGAAUGGGAACUUUCAUGCAAUGCGUCCGCCCUCUGGACCCCGCCACCUCUAUCCGCCCUGGACUUUUCAAAAAAUUGCACGGCCGUUGUCGAUUUUAUGUACUCCAUGUUCACCAACCCGUACAACGCACCCAAUAUUGUCCGAUACGUCCGGGGUGCACUGCCGUCUGCGAUCAGAUGGCAGCCGACCAGUGGCCAGAUAAUGGAUUGGUUCAUGUGCUCUCAAGGCAACGCCUGGUACCACCGCCGUGGUGAGCUUUUUGACAGACUUGUUUCAAUCCCUUUUUCGGCUUGUCAGUCAGACGUGUGUGCUCUCGUCGACUGGUCCGGCGAUGCGGAUAUUGCUGGGGCCGGGAUGCUAUCGGUAUACAUUACCGAAGCUUCUCUCGUAACAGCCUUCGUCAUCGUGGUUGGCAUAGACCAGUACAAUUCCCGGUCUACAUCUUCGAGCUCUGCGUCAACGGUCAAGCUCAAACUCUCCAAGUACCGCGAGAAGCAAAGUGAAAAGAAACAACCGGCACCUCAGCACCGCAAUACUAGCCUUCCCCUACCUAGGCUCAUAGUCGAUGGAUUCAUCAAGUCAAUAGAUACCUUCCUCGACGCGGUUAUUAUCUUCGCUCUUUCGAUCGCAUCCGCCUUCUUGGCUGGUGUCGCUUACGGAACAAACUACUCGCAGGGCCAAUCGUCGCUCGCGAGUAUGUUCACCACUUUCCCCGCUCUCAUCAUAAUGAGGCUGUCAUUACUUUAUGAUCCUAGCUGGUCUAAUCGCACGUACCGCUACUAUUUAACGACGCUACUUAUUUCUUCCGAGGUUGUCGCGGCAAUUCUGUCAAUUAUGAGGUAUUCAUACGACCCCAACAAGGAGAGCGGAUCAGUUAAGCUGUUAUGUCAACUUCCAGUGCAGUACCGGAUGCACUUUGGUCUGUCCAUUGCAUUUCUUCUGUGUCUCGUCGGGGCUCUCGUACAUCUCGUACGGGUAUUCGCUAAUUCGAAAAGGUUGAGGAGGCUUGAUUUCCGGAUGGAGAUUGGUGUAAUGGUCGCGACGAUGUGCAUGAUGUGGGCAUAUCUGGGUAUAUUUGCUGCCAAAAGAAUAGCAUCGACUCGGCGGUCGAGCAUAGAUAACGAAUGGGGUUUCGGUCAGAGCCUGGCAUUGUUCACAUGGGCGGCGCCAAUCAUCACGAUAGUCGAGCCACUUCGUGCCGAAUUCUAUAAAUAUGUCAGGAUUGUCUUGAAAGCAUUCAUUGGCAUCCCCGUGGCGACCAACCUCAGCAAGGAAGACAGUCAUAGCGAUGUUGAAGAUGAAGAAGCGUUUUGUCGGAAUCCAAGCUAGGCGAAGGACACAUCGCAGCCUGACCAAGCCGAGCAGCAGGACCGGGUGAUGCGUUGGAGGCAACUCUGCUUCAAGGAAGGAUUCAGAUAGCUUCGGAUUUAAUUCAGUGCUUCCCUCUAUCGUUUCC